AUGUCUAUCCACAAAGAACAGCCUGAUCCGAUCCCGGAGCUGCGUGUCAACUCCGAGCCCCCUCUCAGCACUCCCGAACGCCCAUCCCGGGGCUCAGCAAUAAAGUCAAGGCUCGGCCAAUACAAGCGAAAAGCGACAACGAAGGAAGGAUGGUUCGGCGACUACGACUAUGGGUACCUGUGCAUGCCAUACAUACCAUUCAUGAAGCAAAAGAAGCGUCUUCCUCCGUUCUACGGCCUACAUGACGAACUCCCCCUUCUCCUCGCUAUUGCGAAUGGCUUACAGCAUUGCCUCGCCAUGCUUGCCGGUCUCAUUACGCCUCCCAUCAUCUUUGCCAGCAGUCUUCGCUUGGAUGCAGAGACCUCGGCUUAUAUGAUCUCUGCUUCGUUGAUUGGUUGCGGCAUUCUUAGUUUGGUUCAAAUGUCAAGGUUUCAUCUAUGGGGUAGGUUCUACCUCGGAACAGGCCUUAUUACCGUCGUCGGCACCAGUUUUGCGACUUUGAGCACGGCUAGCGCUAUUUUCAAUGCCAUGUACGCAGAUGGCACAUGCCCUACCACUACUGCAGCGGAUGGGACUGUCACUCGUGGCCCCUGCCCUGAUGCGUACGGAAUGGUUCUUGGUACUUCUCUCAUUUGCGCAUUCCUUGAGAUCGCACUUUCGUUUGCUUCUCCGCGUGCCUUAAAGAAGAUUUUCCCGCCUUUAGUUACCGGCACCGUCAUCCUCAUGAUCGGUGCAUCGCUCGUUGGGGAGUCCGGCAUUCCAAACUGGGGAGGAGGAUCAAACGACUGCAAAGGCCGUCCGGAAACAGGCAUCUUCCAACUCUGCCCUACAAUCAAUGCCCCUCGACCAUUGCCAUGGGGUUCCCCCGAAUUCAUUGGCCUCGGCUUCCUCUCGUUCUCGUCUAUCGUCCUUACUGAAUUGUUCGGAUCGCCUUUCAUGAAGAAUAUCUCUAUCAUAGUUGGCUUGGUCGUAGGAUGUAUCGUUUCUGGCGCUUGUGGAUACAUCUCCCGUGCUACGAUCGACAGCGCGCCAGCCAUAACGUUCCUUUGGGUUCACCGCUUCAAACUCGACGUUUACCCCCCAGCUAUACUUCCUAUGCUUGCCGUUUAUAUUUCGCUGGCGAUGGAAGCCAUUGGAGAUACUACAGCUUCCGCCGAAGUUUCACGCCAAGAGGUCUCUGGCGAUGUCUUUGACUCUCGCAUUCAAGGUGGUGUAUUGGCUGAUGGCAUCGGCGGAUUCUUUUCUGCUCUCUUCACGGUGACCCCUCUCUCUAUUUUCGCUCAGAACAACGGUGUUAUCGCUAUCACACGAUGCGCCAACCGAACUGCAGGCCGAUGGUGCUGCUUCUUCCUUAUUCUCUUUGGUGUCAUUGGUAAAAUUGCAGGCGUUUUCUUAGCCAUUCCCAAUCCCGUGCUUGGUGGUGUAACCACCUUCCUCUUCGCAAGUGUUGCUGUAUCGGGCGUUCGCGUGUUAUCGUACAACAAAUUCACGCGUAGGGAUCGCUUUAUCCUCGCCGCAGCACUCUCGUUCGGCUUUGGGGAUCUCCUUAUGCCAGAAAUAUUCACGCAUCUCUUUGACGGCGUGGAAAACCCCAACUCCGGACUGCGAGGGCUAUUUGAUUCCAUCACUAUCAUCUUGGAAACGCCUUUCUUGUCUGCCGGCGUUGUGGCGUCCCUUCUCAACGUCCUCCUUCCUCAAGAACAAGAGGAGGAUGAUAACAGCUCGGACUCCAUGACAGACGACGUGGAAUCGCAAAGCAUGGAGAAAAAGACCUUGCCACAUCAUUAG